AAUUUUCAGUCACUAACGCCGGACAGCGGCGUGGCAACAGCACACCCGCUAUGAACUUCCUCAAGAAUACUGUCAUGGGCCUCGGCUCCGCGUUCACUUCCGGAGGCGUAGGAAGUCUACCUUUUACUGUCAUUGACGCCGCGGGCGACGACAGUCCAGUGCUGCCUGAGUUUCUUCUUCUCAAAGCUAAGAGCAAGCAAGAUGGAUCAGCGGUGUCUGUGUUCAAAUCGCAAGGUCCGCCGUGCCCACUGACCCAGAAUUGCUUGCGCCGCAUCAAAACAUUGCGCCAUCCGAAUGUGCUAGCGUUCAUUGACGGCACAGAGGUCCCCAACGGAAACAUAUUCAUUGUGACUGAAGAAGUGAUGCCUUUGCGAACGUUCUUGGACGACAUCCGUGCGCGGAAUGGCCUCCUUAGCGAAGAAGAAACGCUGGCAGUGUCGUGGGGAUUACGAUCCAUCUUGUCUGCGUUGAAGUUUAUCAACAUGGACUGCAAGAUGGUGCAUGGCCGAGUGCACCCGGAGAGCAUUUUCGUUACAAAGGGCGGGGAUUGGAAGCUCGCUGGAUUCCAACUGACAGGUGAACUGACCAUGGGCGACCCCUUUGUCGUCCACCACAGGUCGUCUGGACCGAAGUCCCUCAUGGACCAAGAAAUGCGCUACAAGGCGCCAGAGCUCUCUCGCGGAGACUGGAGCAGCAUCGUGUCAUCCGCUCCCCAUUCCAUCGACAUGUACGCGUUUGCCUGCACUGUCAUCCACAUCUUCAACCCCACCUUCUCGACGCCAACCGACACGCGCAACGUUCCGUCUGGCUUGACCGCGGCCGUCAAGCGCGCGACGGACCCCACCCCGAGUCGCCGCCUCACGCCUGACCAAGGCCUGCAAAUCUCGUAUUUUGCGUCGGACUUCAUUCGUCAGAUGGGAUUUUUGGAGCAGCUCCCGGUCAAAUCGUCGGAUGAAAAGUCGGAGUUUUACAAGGAGCUCGUCGCGAAUGUGGACAAGUUGCCGAGGCAUAUGGCUCUGUACAAAGUGCUACCGGCACUCAAGGCCGUGGUGGAUUUCGGAGUGGCCACUGGUGCGGGGGGCAAGGCCGCAACGUUCAAAUUGGACCCAUGCGAAAGUCAAAUGCUUCCUGCUAUGGUCAAGAUCGGUUCGCAUCUGCCGGCAGAAGAUUUCAAAGACCAAGUGUUGCCGACCCUGGUCAAGCUCUUUGGGUGCAACGAUCGCGCUGUGCGCGUCCAGCUGCUUCAGAUGAUGGACUUGUUUGCCGUUCAUUUCGACGCCAAGCUCGUCAACAGCGCCGUUGUCUUUGACAACAUUUGCACCGGUUUCAACGACACUAUGCCACUCCUCCGCGAACUCACCAUGAAGUCGAUGCUCCACAUCGCCGACAAGCUUUCCGACUCCAACUUGAACCAAAAACUGAUGAAGUUUUUCGCGAAACUCCAGGUCGACCCUGAGCCGGCGAUUCGAACCAACACGACCAUUUGCCUCGGCAAAGUUGCCACCUACAUGAACACGCCGACGAGGACCAAAGUGCUGCUUCCAGCGUUCUGCCGGGCCCUCAAGGAUCCAUUCCCGCAUGCUCGAAUGGCCGGUUUGCGGACGCUCGUGGCUUGCGACGAGCACUUUACCCAUCAAGAAAUUGCGUCGACGAUCAUUCCGUCCAUCUCGCCUCUCAUGCUCGACGUGUCUCCGAGCGUUCGCGAUGAGGCGAUGGCAUCGAUGACACAGUACAUGGCCAAGAUCCGAGACGAGGCAGCCCGCAUGAAAGCCAAAGACGACGAGCAGGAAAAGGAGCGACUCGCCAAAGUCUCCGACGGUCCCCCCGUCACUUCUGCAACGACAGAAACCAAGCCGGCCGCUCUGCCCGCCACUGCCAGUGUCCCUCGCAGCACGGGUCUGUUCAAUGCCGCUGAUGACGCCAUCGAUGAUUUUGAUGAGGAUGGAUGGGGGAAUGACGAUUUGGAUGCUCUCGCAAGCCCUCCCAGCAUCGCUUCGUCGAUGACACAACCAAAUACGGGGUCGUUUGCGUCGCUUUCCCUGGGGUUGCCAACGGCGAAACAACCCACACCGUCAUUAUCCAUGGGGCUUUCAACCCAAAAGACCCCCGCGGAGUCGUCGUUCUUUGAUGAAUGGGGCACCACGUCUCCUCAACCGGCCACCGCACCUCUCUCUCGACCAGUGUCGGGCAUGCGUUUGGGUGGAGUGGCAAAACCAAAACCGACCACGACUUCGUUGGCAACACCUGCUCCUGUCGUUGUCGAGCCGCCCGUGCGCAAAACUAUCCAAGAACGAAGAGUUGAGAGGGCCAAGAAGGAACCUCUCGGCGCGUCCAAACUCGCAUCCAAGCCAAAGGGUGGCGACAACUGGGACUGGGAUAUGUAGGAGUUCCAGACGUGAUGCAUGACGCUAUACAUCGUGUUUGCAUGUGUCCA